AUGGGCCGUACGCCGGCCUAUAUCUUUGUCGUCAGGCACGGCAACCGUCUUGACGCUGCGGACAAGAAAUGGCAUCUUUCAUCUCCUACUCCCUAUGAUCCUCCUCUAACCUACGGCGGCUGGCUUCAGGCCAGAGCCGUUGGUAAUCAAAUUUCCAGCAUUCUUGAACAAGCCAAAACCGAUUACGAGUCGAAAUCCAAAGACACAAAGAGGCGGCGUCGAUUUAAAGUUGUUAUUCAUAGUUCGCCCUUUCUACGAUGCGCCCAAACAUCAAUCGGAAUUAGUUCUGGGCUUGCCCAGACUCCCCAUGAGUCGCCCUACCGCCCGAACGACAUUUUGGUUUCUGCCACUGGCCCGCCAAAGCACUUUCGAUCUACAAUAUUACGUCUCGACUCGUUCCUUGGAGAAUGGCUAUCCCCCGAAUACUUCGAACAAAUCACUCCGCCUCCUGGCGCCGCUCUCAUGCUAGGAAGCGCAAAGGCUGAAUUACUAAGGCGUGAAGACUAUAGCACAUUGACAUCUACGCCUGCUCCCGCACCCGCCUCCAGGCCUCAUAGAGGUUCUACGGCUUCUCUUUGGAAUGGUUCGCCAGCCGCCAGCCCGUCUCUCGGGCCCAUGAGAUCAGGAUCCGCGGCGGAGGGCUCGGCGGGCCCGGCUAUGGCAGCAGCUUUGACAGGUCAGCUAGCUAGCCAAUUGAUGAAGAAGGGAUACACAGUACCAAAGCCCAACUACGCCAUUUCGAGCUCCGGAAAGAUUCCAGACGGAUUUGUGGCCCAUGCUCGUGACGAGUGCGUCGUAGUGGAUUACCAAUGGGAUUCGAUGAGAGCUCCGCUGGAUUUUGGAGAUGGUGGCCAGCUCGGCGAAGAGUGGACAGACAUGCACAAGAGGUUUCGACGAGGUCUGAAGAAGAUGGUGGACUGGUAUGCUACAACUGACGCGCCGGACGAGAUGGUCACGCAAGCUGCUGGAGCCUCACAGGAGGGUACUAGUAACAACUCGACCGUCUCCGAGGAUGAAGAUGUGGAGACCGUCGUUAUUCUGGUGUCGCAUGGCGCUGGCUGCAAUGCUCUAAUCGGUGCCAUUACCCAUCAGCCUGUGCUUAUGGAUGUCGGGAUUGCAUCUAUCACCAUGGCAGAACGGAAAGAAGAUGCUGAUUACAAUGCUCUCUUGGCUGCAUCAGCCAACGCAACGCCGGACGAGCCUCACGUCUCGCCCCAUCAGAUGUACGAUAUCCGAAUGUCCGCAAGUACCGACCAUUUACGUUCAACCACCUCGACUCCAGUAUCAGCCAGAUCAAACGCGGCCGAUUCCUUCCCUACCACAAUCCGCGGUCGCAAGCCCAGUAUCAGUGAUACCGAGGGCCCUGGUCCGCUUAUUGGCUCAUUUGUCUAUUCCGAUCCUAUCAUUCCUGGAGGUAGUCGCAGUGUUUCGGCUAGUGCAGCUUUUGGGUCAUCGCUACGCCGAACAUCAGGCUCUCAACGGCCUCUAAACCGUGGACCAAAGCUCGGCACAGCGGUGGCAGUAGAAACGGCGGCAGCGACAACAAAGAAUGACUCCCCGAGAAGCAACUCGCCAGGCGCCAGCACACCUUCAUUUGGCUUAUGGACCCCUCGUUCCUCAUCCCUCAGGCUUAUGGAUGAUGGCAGUGACGAUACUUCCGACAAAGAAGAUUUCGACGACGUCCUACCCAAUUUUGGCCGCUUCGACGUCAAUGUUGAGAACAAGAAAGAUGAACCUCGGACUUCGGCUCCAGAGGUCGCUUCAAGCUUACCCAUCCAAUCGUCACUGCCUUCUUGUUUCGAGCUCAAAUCCACAAAUUCGUUGACUAUGACCCUGCCACCAGCGGCAUUCACCUCAUUGAGCUCGUUUUCUUUUCCUUCUAGUGGAGAAACCACCCCGAAGGCGACCCCUCGGGGUCCUAUACUGUCAGGUCCGAUCCGAAUAAAGACGGAUGGUCUGCAUGACCUCGACAAGCCGGUUGAGGAGCUCCAGAUCGCACAGCUAGGGGACGGCCUUGGUGGUCUUUGGGGCCUUCCUCGACCUCCUGGUGAGGCAGAGCGUUAUCGCGAUGUGAGCCUCUCCAAACGACGCUGGACGACUACCGAGCGUGCUUAA